AUUGCAUUGUGGAUAUUUAUGAACUCGCAGUCGUAAGAAAUAUCAAUGCAUUUAAUUUAUUUAAUUUAAUGCAUUACUGUUGAAAUUUCUGCACAAUAUCAGAAUAAAACAAGGGACAGUCCUUUUCAGUGGAAAGGUUACUACAGAAUUCGUUUAUCAUGUUUAUAACUGCAUUAUAGACAUGGAGGAAAGUGUGGUGUUGUUAGAAAAGAUCCCGGUCCAACAUUCGUCUCCAGAUGGCCCACCUUCAUUGCAAGCAGCUUCAGACAAAAUUGGCUUAACAUGGAGUUCGGCUAAAGCAACUUCUUCACAUCCUGCUAUGCGAAACUCGACUUCAUCUACAGAGUUACCUUACCUUACGGAUAUGGAUUCAAUCGCGGAUGUUUGUCUUGUUGGUUCCACAGCCACAGUAAAACUGUGUUCUUUGUCACAAAUAUCGACAGAUCUGAAUUAUACAAAAGAAUCGGCAACAAAAUCUGAAACCCUACCAUUACCAACUCACGUAGUAUCUUCUGUGAACAGUAACUCGGUUAGUCUGUCUAUCACUUCUCUGUCAACAGGGAUAAAUAAGGUGACAACUCCGACAACGUGUCACAAUGAUGAAUCUAAUACCCCACCAGUUAAAUUGUCAUUAGCAGUUUUAUCUAGUUCGUCUUCUACUGAAUAUAUCACAAAAGGUAGAUUUGCAUCACCAGGUUCAUCAAGUACAUCAUCGACCAAACACAGCCCAAUAGGUACUUUGGCAUCAAUAAUUCCUUCAAGUAUUUCAUCAACAGAACAUUUCUCAUCAGGUUCAUUGGUAUCAACAGUUUCAUCAAGUAUUCCAUCCACCGAACCUUUGACCAUAACCGAGGAAAAUAUUAUGUUAUCUACUCAAACCGAAAAAUCAUCUAGUCCACACAUUGUAGAUAAAACAGAACUUUGUACUAUAAAAUUUCGUCCGGAAACAUUGCCAAUUGCUGAUGCUACGAAAACAGAAACAACAUUAGAAAUGGACACUGCCGAAAGAGACGUUGAAUAUGUAAGUGAAGAGAACGAAAAUUUUGCUCAAAGUCACGUGCAACUUGACAACAGUCAACCCUCGACACCAACAUCUUUAGAUUCCAUAAUGUCGUUCUCUUUGUCAAAUAAUGACAGUAAUGAUGGAUCUUUUUAUAUGGAAGUGGAUGAUAUUGACAACGAAAGAAGUGAAGACGGGGAAAAAGAUGACGGGGAAAGCGAACAAGGAAGUCAACUUUCUGCUGAGAUUAAGGCAAAAUUCAGUGAAAGCAGCGAUUCGUUUGCAUUGCCUCCAGCACAAAGUAUGGAAAAGGACAAAAUAUCGACAGAAGAGCUUAGCAGAUCGAAAUUUUCUGCCGACGAGCCUAUAAAACGAACAUCACCUGAUAAUGAAAAAGAUACAGAUAAAGAUCAGUCAGAGGAAACUUCAAUUAGUACAGAUUGUUAUAUUAGAUUUCCCGAAAUUACGAAGCAGCUUGCUUGCAAGUUUCCACCUCUACCACAAGCCGAAGAUUCAUUUGAAAGUUGUGAUGAGAAACAGUCAUCCGAAACUGUAAAACGAAACACACCUGUUGAAUUAAAGUUUGAUGGAAGGGAGAACAGCACAGCAAUAAAACAGAAAAACUAUGACACAAACCGAAAUCCAGAUGGUACAAUGUCAACCGAAAAAGUAAAAGUUGAUGUGAAUAAAAUAGAAAUAUCAUCCAAAAGUAGAAAUGAUAACGACAGUCAAAGUAAUGUAAUUGAACGGGUAAUAAAUGAUGCAUGUAUUCAGAGGGACGAUGAAAUUGAUCAUGGAGUUGGCAGUUCUGAAAACGAGGAACUGAGUGAGAACCAGAAAUCAAAAACAGAACAUACCAUCAGUUUUACUAAUCCAACACCUGUCUUUCUAUUUGCUAACAAGAAUAACAAAAAGUUUUACCAGACAGAGAUAAAUAAACCAAUUACACUGAAGGAUUUUGAAGACAGUCCAAAUUUAUCUCUUUGCACGGAUUCAACUGACAAAAAAGAUCUUCAAACAAGCCCUGGUUCAAAGACGAAAACAAGGUUGAACAAAGUGUCCAAGUCAUUAAGUAGCACAACGGAUGUAUCUACAAACAAAGCGAAACCACCGAACACUACAGAAAAAACAACUGCCAUCAAAAACAAUGCCUCGACUUCGAAUUCGGUGAUAAAAAUUCACCACACAACUAAUCCUUUAGACCCGAAUAUUGUCGUUGUGCGUCCAACCUCCGUAGUUUCUUCGACACAAACAACUUUAGUAGAUUGUGCAGGAACACAAACCCCCCGCUUAAUAGGAAACGCGUCAGUAUUCCCUACAUGUGCUACAAGUUUAUUGAAAUCGUUUGUUUCUGAUUCUUUGAAGAUAUGCAACACUGAUAAUUCUGUAGCACAGUCUUCAAAUCGGUUAGAAACCUCCAACAUCACCAAUGUUAUGCCAAGUAGCAAUCGUCCAAUGCAUUCUGGGAAAUACAAUAAUAAUCUCUUUAGGAAUAAAAAUGCAAAUCCGGAACUUAUUGUUGAUAAUUCGAUGAAAUCUACAAUAGCUGGACCUAUGGUAACAUUAAAUUCUUGUGGAGCACAAAAUCUCAAGAAUAAUGACAGUAAACCAACUAUCGCUGUUGCUGGUCAUACGAAGCCGAUUCUCUCAACGAUACUAUCAACAAAGCCGAAUGUUGCAACUGCUAUGCCCUCGCAAGUGAAUGUAUCAACUACAGUGCCGACGAAACGAAAUGUUGCAACUGCAGUGCCGACGAAACCGAAUGUUGCAAUUGCAAUACCCUCUCAAGUGAACGAAUCAACUGUAGUGCCGACGAAACUAAAUGUUCCAAGUGCAAUGCGGACAGAGAUCAAACGAACGUUAAGACCAAUGUUAAUACCAACUUCAUUGUCAAAUCCAAAUCCAAACGCAAACAAUGUUCAGUUAUUUAAGUUUGAACUUCCAAAAGUCAAAAUUGUAAGAGAAAAUGAUGUUAUCAACAGACGAACUGUUGAAAACACGACAAUAUGUAAACAAAGUUCGAUGGCUGGAAAUCCUGUCUAUACAAAUGUCACGACAUCAAAUUGCCAACAAAUAAGACUUUCUACGAGUCCUUUCUCAGCUACGACGCCCAGCACUGAUACUUCUAGUACAGGACCUUAUCAUUGUCAGUUAGUAAAAACGGGAACACAUCCGCGUGUCAGUUUUAGCGAUGUUAACAACGAUGAAAAAAUUACAAAUCCUAACCAAAACCCAUUAGUAAUUACUGUUUAUCCAAAAAAUUAUAGUAUGUCUUCUGUAUUGGUACCAUCAUCGAAAAGUGUUCCAGCUAAAACUGUUCAGGGAAAAGUGUUGAUGCAAACUGGAAAGUCUUUACUAGAAUCUGCAACAGUUAACACUGCUGUGUGUAAUUUGACAAACCAAAUAACAAGCAGUCAGAUACGUUCAUCUAACAUUAUAAGCAGUAGUAAUACAUCGUUCCAAAAUUUCGGCAAACUUGUUUCUGUCCUUCCAAAAACCGUGCACAAACAAACAGCAACAGUUUCUGCUGAAAGUGUUCUCGAGAAAACGAGAGAAGUACUUCAAAAAAAUUUAGAAUUAUUAAAGAAGACAAGUGAUAAGCCGGAAGUUUUCAACCAGACCAACAAAAAGGAUAACACAAAAGUAGUAAGUUCACAAAAACAAAUGUUAUCGACAGCUAAUCAUCUUACAAAAUGUGUUGUAAAAGCAAUUUCUCCAGGUUUUACCUCCAACCCACCAACUACAACUGGUCAUUUAGCGGUCCCGACUAAAGAAGUGAUUGUGCGGCCGCCCAUUAUUGUUAAGGUCAUUAAUACGCAAUCUAACAAUUCUGUAUCUAUACUUCCAAAAGGAGUUGGACUACAUCAGCAAAGUACGACACUGGAAAACACGACUUUUGUUUCGCCAUUGAAAACCUUUACCGUAUGUGAUGCAUUGAAACAAUCGAUUGGUUUUUCUGCUGCUAGACCGUUGAAAACAACAACUGUAACAAAGGAACUUCCUGAGAUGUACAUCCGUUCUAAUAAACCGGAAAUGGCACCUGUGCAAAAUAAUUGUUCAAAGACAACACUGGUGAGUCAAGAUGUUCAUUAUUAUGUAGAGAAUGAUUCGACAUCAGAAUACCCACGUGAUUUAUUAAAUCAACAGUAUAGAGGUAAUCGGUCUGUCAAAUUGCCUUUCACUUCAAAAGAUGGUGAAGUCAUCAAGUUGAGUAAAGUCAAUACGACUUCUCAAUUUAGUGUGCCAAUCAUCGGAUCACGUAGCCAAGGCAUUGCUACCGUGAGUCGUUUAGCUACUUCUCUUCCUGUGGUGGAAAAAUCUAACACAGAUUGUGAGUUUAACUGCGAAGAAAAUACAGAAAGUCACGGUAUUUUAAUCGAUUCUGUUUUUUCGCUGAGGCAGAAUGAUGCUGAUACACAAAAUGGACUUUCUAGGGAGGUAACUCGGUCUAAAGUCGACAAAGAACAGUCUAGAUAUUUUGCUUAUCAGUUUGAUUGUAAUGUUGAACGCGCAAACGUGAGAUUAGAUAAAGAAGCUAAGGAAGAUGAUCGGCUCAGGGAACCUUGUUUUGUUGUUCUCCAGAGCUUAAACGACGGAUCGACAGUUGAAUCUCGGUGUUCCCUCGAAUGUAGGAGACCUGUUGUAAAAAGAUUAUGUGAAAGAAUUGUUCGAAAAGCAAUGAAAUCUAAUAAAAUAUGUAUAAGAAAGCGUAUUUAUACAUCGGCAAAAAGACGACAAAAGAAGUCAUCCCCAAUUAAAUCUGGUCAAAGUCAUCAGAACGCUAAGUCUUUAUCUCUUCAACCUAAUGCUAUUACUUCUGCACAAAAAAGUGCAAUUGUACCGCCAAUUUCGGUGGCAAUCAGACCUGGAAGAAUGUUACCAAAUCCAACAGACACAGUUUCAAAAGUUGAUCAAACGAUCACUGAUAAACAAGGCAACAAAUUUAUGAUGAUAAAGCUAGGCAGUAAAACUAUACUUAUUCCAACUAUCAAUAAAGCUGAUAAACCCAAAGCUUACGUUCUAGAAUGUGAUCAGAAAACACCACUUAAUGAAGCAAUUAAACUAGUAACAAAACAGCAUAUGGCCUCUUUACCGGAUAAAACAAAUACAUCCAUUUUAUCAUUGGCCAGAUCAAACCCGUCGGCCACUGUUACUAGACAAACGCCAAAUACUUCUAGCGUGGCAACCUCAUCAUUUGCGGGAUGGACUUCCGCUACAACUACUUCUGCGCAUACGACAUUUCCAAUGAACAGAGUGAAAAGCGAACCUGUAACUACAGGAUACGGAGAUGAACAAGGUAAUAAUGAUUACACUGUAACAGUAAAAACUGAACCCGAGUUUUCUGGAUUAGGCGAAAGAGAUGAAUCAAAAGAUACGGACAGUGGUCCUUCAGCAAACAAAGUUGCUAGAACAGAAGACGCUCCAAAGACUGAAAGUGCAUCUGAAAGAAUAAAACGUUUAAGGGAUGAACUAAAGACUCAAGAAAAAGCUUUGGAGGAAGUCAGACGCAAAAGAAAACUAGACAUGUCUUAUUUGUAUUAAAUAGAUGUUGACAAUUUCUCCACUACGCUGAAACUCGACAUAAACGCGAAAAUGAAAAAAAAAGAUAUUUUUCAUAAUUUUCAUUGAGUUAAUAUAGUGAUCAGUGAAGCAUUUUCAAUAUCUUAUUACACUUUUAUAUUUUUCAUUGAAAAUGUUAUUGACAAAAUGUUUUACGAAGUCCUCAAAGUGAAACCAAGAUUGUUUCUUUAGAAUGAAAGACAUUCUUUAUCAAACAAAACACGUUUUAAGAUUUUUAUUCAUAGGAGAUAAUCUAAGGGUCUGAAAUUGCAAAAAUAGUAAACUUAUUGAAGCCUUUCAAAAUGAUUUUAAUUUUAUUGAUAAAUGAAAAGGUUAAGAUAAGCUGGACACUCAAGUGUUGUUGAAAGGUCUCAUGUGAUGUCACUGUGACCUUCAACAUCUCUAAAUUUACGUAUUUAAACUAAAAUUGCCAUUUCAGGCGAUGAUGGUUAUUGGUCAAAAUAUUAUCAGCAACGGCUUUCCUUAAAACGAUAUUUUACAUACCAGGGGCUGAUUUAGGCGGGAUGGCGGGCGUGCGGGCCCCCAUAAAUUUGCAAAGCAUGGGUUGUCCUCAGCUUAAUAAAGAAUAUUUCGAUAAUUUCACCUCAAAAAAUUUGUUUCGCCUCGAACCGCUCGCCUCAAAUUUAAGUUUGCGCCCGCCAAACCUAAAAUCCUGGAUCCGCCACUGCAUACAUCAACUUUGUAAAUCACAUUUUGUAGCAAAAUAUCUUUGUGGGUAAAGCUGUUGCUCAUAUCUAAAUGUAUGACACGAUCUCAAAAUGAGGUUAUUUUGACAGUUUUUUUUUAUGUUUUUUUUCUCAAAAUGUAAGCAGUUUAAAGCCCUAAUGCCAACAUGUCUAAAAAAAAAACCCCAAAAAUAUCAAUAUUGUUGUUUGACGGGUACUGUCUUAUGAACAUCUGAAACGUGUUUUGUUUGAUUUCUUACUCUUUGAUGUUCGAAUUCAAUCGUCCAAAAUUGUGACCUUAUAUUUUUUUUCUCCUUUGAUCCUAUUUUUUAUUCUUUAGAUUUUACCAUUUCACGAGGGUAAUCAUUUUAAAGAUAAGAUGACUAAUAUCUGCCUUAAUUAAAAGUAAAUUUCACAAUUUAUUGGUUUAAAAGUGGCGCACAUGUAUCAUAUAGAAAGGUAUUCUAGUAUUUGAAAUUACAGGGAUUAGCAAAAUACAAUGGUUAGAGCGGAAUGCGUUGUAAACAUUUAUUUGUGCAAUUUCUCACUGUUUUUAAUUGAAUGUUUUUUUCCAACAGUUUUAAGUAUUUUUUUUAUGUGUAUUUUAAAUAUCGGGCUGAAUGAAUGUGACUAUGAAAGUUGAGAUUUCGUUUGAAAGAGACUUAAAAAACCGCUUUUUAAAAACCCCAUUUAAAGAUCAGUGUUUGUUGUAGUUUUUGUCGAUCGUUUAAUUAGUAAGAUUGAAUGAGUUUUGAAAGUCUGAUCAAAUGAUCGAAAGAUAUUUUAUCGAACCGUGCAUGUACUUUACAAUCGUAACUACUCAUUUAUUUUUGCUACGCCUAUAAUGACGUAGUGAGAAUGGCCAAGUAGUCGCGACUGGUGUUCAGUUGAGGUCUAAAGAAUAUCUGUCAAUCGAGUAUGACCGAAAGAGAUCGAUCGUUUAAUGUUAUCGUGAUAACAGGUAUCAACAGCACCAUCUAGUUAUACAGUACUGAACUGUAUUUAAGGCGGUUGUAGCGUGAAGAAAAGUAUGAAAAGGUUGAGUUAGGAGAACCCAUGAAGGGUGAAUGCGGUCAAUAUUGUUUACUGUCCUUCAAUAUUGUUUACUGUCCUUCAAUAUUGUACAACAUAUAAAGAGAAGUUUAUUUAAGUUUUUGUUUUAUUAAUAAAUUAUUUUUUCCAG